AUCAGGUUUAUUGACACACACAAGGAACUUGGUUCCAGCUGUUUGUGACUCUCAAAAGUAAAGACAUAUAUAACAUUAUACUACACAAGACAGGACAAUACAGACUGUGGUUAAAAACACAGGAGGAAGUAAAUGGCUGAAUCUUCAUCACCAACAGAAGGCAGAAGAAGGGGGAACAUGGAAGAACCAGAAUUAUUUUCUCAUGACUCCAGCAGUCUCCUGUUUUUGUUCGAUCAGCUGCUGUGUCCGAUCUGUGUGGAUGUGCUCACUGAUCCAGUCACCACUCCAUGUGGACACAACUUCUGUAAUAGUUGCCUUACACAGUGCUGGGACAAGAAUCAACACUGUCACUGUCCAUUAUGUAACCAGAUAUUCACCAAGAGACCUGAACUGAAGAUCAAUACAACACUGAGAGAGGUUGCAGAUCACUUCAAGAAGAAAAGUGGUUCUGACAAACCCGAGGUUCUUUGUGAUGCCUGCAGUGGAGAGAAGCUGAAGGCCCUAAAAUCCUGUCUGGAUUGUGGACUGAGUUUCUGUAAAAUUCAUUUAGAGCCACAUUAUCAUGUUCCAACAUUAAAGAAACACAAACUAAUAAACCCUGUGGAGAACCUGGAGGCCAACAUAUGCAAGAAACAUGAGAGAGCUCUGGAGCUGUUCUGUAGAGAUGAUCAGAAGUGUGUGUGUCAAUUCUGUAUUGAGACAGACCACAAGAAUCACAACACCAUUCCUAUAGAGGAGGAGAGAAGAAAGAAUAAGACUCAGUUGAUGGAAACACAGACUGAAGUGCAGCAGAUGAUUCAGGACCGACUGAAGAAGAUAGAAGAGAUCAAACACUCAGUAGAACAAAGCAAAAGAAGCACAGAGAAAGAGAAAGCAGACAUUGUUGAAGUCUUCACUGCUCUGAUUCGCUCCAUUGAGAGAAGUCAGGCUGAGCUGCUGGAGAUGAUGGAGGAGAAGCAGAAAGCAGCAGAGAGGCAGGCUGAAGGACUCAUUAAAGAGCUGGAGCAGGAAAUCAGUGUGCUAAAGAGGAGAGACACUGAGCUGGAGCAACUCACACACACUGAGGAUCAUCUCCACCUCCAACAGAUUUAUUCCUCCAUGUGCAGCCCUCCACACACCAAGAACUGGACUGAGAUCAGCACUGAUGUGGGUGUGGACACUGUGAGGACAGCUCUGUCUCAGCUUCAGCAGACUCUGAAUGAGAAACUCACUAAAUUAGUCACUGACAAGUUAAAGGAAACAGUGGAUGUGACUCUGGAUCCUGAUACAGCUCAUCCCGAACUCAUCCUGUCUGCUGAUGAAAACAAGUGACACAUGGAAAAAUUCAGAAUCUCCCUUAUACACCACAGAGGUUUUAUACAUGUCCAUGUGUUCUGGGGAAAUCAGAGUUUCUGCUCAGGGAGAUUUUAUUAUGAGGUGCAAGUCAGAGGGAAUACUGGCUGGGAUGUUGAAGUGGCCACAGAGAACAUUAACAGGACGGGUGAGAUUACACUGACUCCUGAGGAUGGAUUCUGGGCUGUGGUACAGAUUAAUGAGAAUCAGUAUACUCAUAUCUACUCUUUCACUGGUCAGACUUUCACUGAGAAACUCUAUCCAUACUUCAGUCCUUGUUUAAAUAAAGGAGGUAAAAAUUCAACACCACUGAUCAUCUCUCCUGUAUUUAAGACUGAAUGAAUUUAAACCUCACAAAUUCAAUCAUCAGAUUGUAAGAGUAAAAAGAAUUUGUUUACUUUUUUGGUUAGAUUUUAUAUACAUAUAUCCUUUUAAACUGCUGUACAUGUUAUUUUAAUACCUGGUUUUAAUUGUAAUCCUACAGUCUGUUUGUUAUCAUUAUGUGACAUUAUGACUGUUAAACUUUGUAAUUACAAAUCACAUAUAAAU